AUGAUCCAAGUCAGCGGUACCAGCUACGCCGGUGAAGUCGGGACGACGAUCGGCCGAAGGUCGGUCAGUUUCGAAGAGUCGGUCGACGAAGAUUCAGACGCCAAGGAUGACAUGAUGAUGGACUAUGAUGACCUGGAGGAGAAGACUCCAGCGACGCCGCAGGAGUUCGAAGAUGAAGAAGAUGCGAUGCUGUCUGCGGGACGUAGCGGAGGCUCGCGUUCCUUGUCCCGGAACCUCGUCGCGGAAUUUGAUGAAGUGGCGAAACCCGACCAUGGGGAUGACGACUUUGAGGAUGGCACCGAGACCUCGGCUUCGAGGGCUCUGGAGCAGGUUACUAAGGGUCCUCAAGAAUCCCGCGGAUGUCGGCCCGCUAUGAACAGCAGCACCCCAGCUGCGAACAAGGUGCUCGACAGAAUGCUCGAGCAGAUGGUGGAGUCGAGCGAGUGGAUAUGGCAGUUCAAUCCCGAGAUGACGCGUCAAGCGACUUGGGCUGAGCUGAAGGAGGAGUUGCAACACCCCGUUGACUCGACCUCGGUUACUCAGGUGGCCGAGGACUCGAGUUGGACGCCGGGUCUCGCCGGCAAGGAGCUGCAUAAGUGGAAGAGGAGGCUUCGCCUGAGCUUCGGGGAGUCGGACCUGACUCUGGGACGCCCCCCGAGUGCUCGCCCCGCGAGGGAGCAAGCUGAUCCUUCGAAGAUCCCACUGCCACAGACACCCAAGAAGUCCGGCGAGCGGUCAAACCAAAGCCAAGCGACGGACGGAGUGUUCUCCGCCAAGACCGAAGGUUCGCCGUACUUCGAAGACUCGUACAUGGUGACUCCUAGGUCGGCGAGUCGAGCCGACCGUAAUGCGCGUGAGUCCGAAGGCUCGCGACUCGUGCGGAGCACGCCACGAAGCUCCACGCGACGCUCAAGCCGCCGGUUUACACCGCGCGAUGACUCUUCGUCCGACAAGGACGACAAUGACACCAUCGACUUGAAGAUGGGUUUGACAGCCCGAGCGAUGAGUUGGCCCGUCAAGUGCGCGAAGUGA